AUGGCAGCAGACUCUGGCGGAGUGGUCCUGGUCGACUGCACCGGAAACCGAAGGAAGACUUUCCCGGACGCCUUGAGUAAAACCUUACCGAUCUGGACCGCAGUGCUGCAAAGCAUGGUGGCUACUUUGAAGGUGCCAGGCACAUGUCCGGAAACAUUUUCAGAUGCCUUUCUUCACUUGCGCACUGCGGAAGCAGAACGGCCUGACAUCUUGAAGCUCCUGCCGGAGUGGGUCGAAAAGCUUCGAAAAAAUCUGCCGGAAGCAGAAGCUAUGCAGCUGGCAGCUGCUUUGAAGGGCAGAAGGCUUCGACCGUUCUGGGCUUGCCCGACAGACGACUUGAACAAGCUGAGAGAUGAACUCGAAGCUCUGAAAGAGGAACAUGCCAUCGUUUUGUGCGUCUCUGCGUCGAAGGUGGUGGCAGGGAGUACCAGUUACAUCCAGGGAGCGGGCGAUGACGAGGAGGCCUCGGGGGGACUCUGCGAACGGCGCGCCGCGCGUCCGCAGCGAUGUCCCGAGGCGGAGGAGCUUCUGGAGCUGGCGCGACGCGCGCCUCAGGAGGUGGAUGCUGCCAUCAAGGCUCUACCGGGUCCACCGGAUCAGAUGGACGUGCCGACGCAGGACACUGCCAAAGUUUCCGUGGCGGACCAAGUGGUGUGCCUGUCCUUCAUCGGUGGCACAGGGGUCGCCGUUGGCAACUUCGCAUCCGCUGCUCCACCCAGGGUCUGGGACUGUGUCGACGCGGUGCUGAAUUGCGGAGGCGAAGAACAUCCUGAGAUGAAAGGUGAUCCUCGGUACCUGCACUUGCCGGCAGCGGAUGAAAAGAAGCACGAUCCGUCAAAGCGCUGGUGGCAGGAAGUGCUGCUGCCCCAGGCGCUCCGCUUCAUCGCGAGGAGCCUGCAGCAGGGGGAGAAGGUGCUGAUACACUGCAGCCGGGGAGACAACAGGUGCCCUGCGGUUGCAGCAGCAGCUUUAGCGGCAUUCUUCGGGCCUGGCGGCACUGGCCCCUUCCAUCUCGCAAAGCGCAGGCUGGAGAAGGCAGACUUGCGCAGGUGCUUAGUCGUGGUUCAGUGCCAUCAUCCCAACUGCAUGGUGCCCAGACGCAUCAUGCAGUUCUUGAACUUGUUCUUCGUCACCGAGGACGGCGGCUGGUCGACCUGGCAAAUCGCUCCAACGGAGGAGCCGCUGACCGUGCCAAGCCUCCUGGGGGCUUCCCGGGCAUCGGCCCUAGCCGCCGGGCAGCCAGUGGCUGACCAGGUGCUCACGGACCAAGGCUUCGCCCUCUACAUCAGCGGCGCCUUUUUCGCCCAAAGCUUGCCGUUGCUGAGGCAACUUGGGGUAAGUCACAUCGUCAAUGUCACCAAGGCCCCGAACGUUUUUGAAGGCAAGUUCGCGUACCAUCAAGUUGCAAUCGAGGACGAUCGAUCUGCCAAUCUCCUCCAAGUUCUAGAUGCAGCGUUGGAAUUCAUCCAUGAUGCCCGGACACAGAGUUACAACUGUUGCGUCCUGGUGCACUGUCGCGAAGGCGUUUCCAGGUCAGUGUCAGUUGUCUUGGCAUAUCUGAUGAGGUUCGAGCAGCUCUGUCUAAGUGGCGCAAUGCGGCUACUACAAGACCGCAGAUCGGGCAGCUGCAGACCAAAUGCUGGGUUUCUACAGCAGUUGAAGGCAUUCGAGGAGGCGUUGCAUCAGACGCAGGAAUCCAGAACCGGGGGCCAAGCCACUUCAGAGGCGCCAACCAAAAAGCAGCUGGGAUGCGGCAAAGCCGACAGCUGA